AUGCUCGCAAAGUCAGGCGUCGAUAAAAGCUCCACUUCCCCUCCAUUUCUGGCUUUCGUUGCUCGAGACCCAAAGCGGCAGAAUGCCCAUAUUGGUCUCGACGGCGAGGUUAUGCAAGCUCUCGUCGCAUACUCUGAAGAGGGCAAUCAAUUUGAGGACCAAAAUGAGGUCCCGAACUUCAUCCGUGAUAUGAUCUACAAGAAGGACCUGGAUAAUCUUCGACGAAAAGAUGAUAGCCGCAAGCGCAAGGGACGGGGGUCUUCCCCAAGCUACCCAAUUCUGAUCAACAACAUGUGGCCUGGAUCAUCAGAGCAAACCCUUGCUCUAGCCUCAAGUACUGGAGGUCCUCACAAGGACGCAUGGCGUGUCCCUGAGCCUAGAGAUGGGGCGAUAAUGCGAUACUGCACUUGGCACUGCGCCCGUCUCAUCCUAGUCCUCAACUUCCUUCACAAUCAGCCCAGCAUGUCUGAAGUGACCUCGCGCACUGGCUUCUCGAGAGCCAACAGCCUUGACACAAAGCCUUAA